AUGAUUUUUCCCCGCCUACAACAGCGGCUGCUCUCCGUGCGCUGCGUAUAUUCCGUUGCACGCAGCCGAGUCGCCCAGCCUACGCAGCGCCGGCUCGCCUCCUCCUCCUCCUCGGGCCCCCGGCAGCCACCAGCCGCAAAACGAACAGCAGCACCGCCGCCACCAAGCCCGAGCUCUAGCAGCUCCGCGGCGGCGGCGACGCACGCACGUAUAAAUGCAGAAAAGGAGGCGCCGCCUGUAGAGACGGCCGAGGAGUACAAGGCGCGGUACAAGAGCGCAGCGCGGCGGUGGACGGCGACGGUCAUUGCGCUGCCGAUCCUGCUAGUGACGAGCUACUAUCUCUUUGACCGAUUGGCUCUGGGGCAUGCGCCCAAGGUUUUGAACCGCGAAGCCACGAAACAAGACGAUUAA